GUUUCCCAACCGUGUGGCCAAACACAGAUAUAGCUCAACAGUGAAUUUUGCAACGAGGAGUAAGCUUUGCUUAUGAGAAGAAUGCAAAAAUGGCUGACUUGACAUUGCUGGGAGCUAACAACUUUCGCCGCUUCACUCCCGAAUCCUUGGUUGCUAUUGAGAAACGCAUUGCGGCCAAGAAAGCAUGCAGAGACCCACCCCCUGCAGAGAAGCCACGCCCUCAGCUUGACCUACAGGUAUUCCAGAAGCUGCCUGCCCUGUAUGGAAACCCUCCUCUGGAGCUCAUUGGAGAACCUCUUGAGGAUCUUGACCCCUACUAUCAUGAUCAUAAGACAUUUAUGGUGUUGAACAAAGGGAAAGCCAUCUUCCGAUUUACAGCCACGCGUGCUUUGUACAUCUUUAGCCCUUUUCAUCCAAUCAGACGAAUGGUAAUUAAGGUUUUGGUACAUUCAUUGUUCACUAUGUUUAUUAUGGUCACUAUUUUCACCAAUUGUGUCUUCAUGGCUCUUGCGGAUGUGCAGUCAAAUAGCAGCGAGACUUCCUCCACGAAGUAUGUUGAGUAUACUUUCACGGCCAUUUAUUCCUUCGAAUGUCUAAUCAAGAUAUUGGCAAGAGGCUUUUGCUUGAAUGAAUUCACCUUCCUUCGAGACCCAUGGAACUGGCUGGAUUUCAGUGUUAUUGUGAUGGCACUUUUGGGAGAGUUUAUUGACAUGGGCGGUGUUUCCGUUCUUCGGAUGUUCCGGGUGCUGAGAGCUUUAAAAACCGUUUCCAUUAUCCCAGGUCUGAAAGUCAUUGUAGGUGCCCUUAUCCAGUCUGUUAAGAAACUUGCGGAUGUUAUGAUCCUGACUGUUUUCUGCCUGAGUGUGUUUGCCCUCAUUGGUCUUCAACUCUUUAAAGGACAUUUGAGACACAAAUGUGUCAAGAACUACACAGAAUAUAUCAGUCAGAGCAUAUCCAAUGAAACAUCCUUUUCAUCUAAACAGAACUUGACUCCGUAUGAGAAGUUUACCAAUAGCCCAGUGAAUUACAUAUAUAAGAAUGGCACUGAAGAGUAUUUAUUGUGCAGCAAUGCUUCAGAUGGUGGCUCCUGCCCGCCAAAAUACGUAUGUCUGAAGGUUGGAGAAAAUCCUGACUUUGGGUACACAAGCUUUGAUACGUUUGGCUGGGCCUUUCUUUCCCUGUUCCGCCUCAUGACGCAGGAUUACUGGGAACGCCUCUAUCAACAGACUCUCAGAGCUACUGGGAAGAUCUAUAUGCUGUUUUUCAUAUUGGUCAUAUUUCUGGGAUCAUUCUACCUGGUCAACUUGAUCUUGGCCGUGGUCACGAUGGCCUACGAAGAACAGAGCACAGCCACUAUUGCUGAAACAGAAGCAAAAGAAAGGAAAUUUCGUGAAGCCAUGGAGAUGCUGAAGAAAGAGCAGGAGGAAUUAGCUGCGAUAGAAAACGACAGCAUGUCUCAUAGCUCAUUUGAAGUGUCACCUAUAGGUUCUAAAGAGGUCAAAGAACGAAGCAACAGAAUGAAAAAGUUGUCUUUGGGGAUGGAAGAUUAUGGGGAAGAUCCCAAAACCCCAAAGUCACAGUCUAGUGACAGCUAUUGGAAACCGUCUCUCAUUAGCCACAAUUACGGUCCUAGUUCAAACCCAACCAAACGCCGACCAAGCCAUGGAAGUGUAUUCAAUUUCCUUGUAUCUGGCCGAGAUGCUGGUUCAAGGGCUGAGUUGGGGGAGGAUGAAUCUAGCAGCACUGGGGAGACGGAGGUCCAGCACAGCGCACUGCUGGCUGCACGAAUGGGAAGGCGUCCAAGCAUCCAAAGUCAAACCAGCUACAGUCCUCGCCUGCCAGCUCCAAACUACAUGCAGCCCGGCAGAUGGGCCACUGGAGACGAUUGCAAUGGGAUGGUUUCAUUGAUGGGGGGCAGUGGAACAAGGCCAUUUAACAUGGAUCCCAUUUCCAGUGAAGGGUCAUUACUUCCUCCGGUUAUGGAAAAUCCUGGCAAAGGGGAUCCGACUGCUUCUUGUGAUGAAGCCAACAAGAGGUUCCAGGCUCAGCGUCUCUCAGUAGAUUAUUAUAAUCACCCACUUCAAAGACAAAGGGCAGCAAGUGCAGUCAGCAUCAUUACCAGUGCGCUGGAAGAACUUGAAGAAUCCCAUCAGAAAUGCCCCCGCUUCUUGAAGAAAUUUGCUGCAAAGUAUCUUGUGUGGAACUUUUGCCCAUUGUGGUUGAAGAUAAAGAAGAAUGUGGGCGUUUUUGUUAUGGAUCCAUUUACGGACCUCACAAUUACAGUUUGCAUUGUGAUGAAUACUCUAUUUAUGGCGCUAGAACACUAUAAAAUGUCCCCUGAUUUCGAGGCCAUGCUUGGGAUAGGUAACAAGAUUUUCACCGGAAUUUUCACUGCAGAAGUGAUCCUGAAAAUCAUUGCGCUGGAUCCCUAUUAUUAUUUUCAGCAGCGCUCAAAUAUCUUUGACAGUGUGAUUGUCUUCAUAAGCAUCAUUGAACUGAGCAGCAGCAGGAAAGGAAACUUUACAGUUUUACGGACCUUGAGGCUGAUGCGAGUCUUCAAGUUGGCGAAGUCUUGGCCAACCUUAAAUACCCUUAUUAAGAUAAUUUUAAACUCAGUGGAUGCUCUGGGCAACCUCACCCUCGUUCUGGCCAUUAUCGUCUUUAUCUUUGCUGUAUUUGGAAUGCAGCUAUUUGGGGGCAACUAUAAGACUCAUUGUAAGAAAUUGGCCGAUGACUGCAAACUACGAUGGCAUAUGCAAGAUUUCUUCCACUCCUUCCUUGUUAUUUUCCGAAUUUUGUGUGGAGAAUGGAUUGAAACCAUGUGGGGUUGCAUGGUAGUCAAUGAGCAAUCACUGUGCUUACUUGUCUUCUUGAUGGUCAUGGUGAUUGGAAAUUUAGUGGUGCUCAAUUUGUUCAUUGCCCUGCUGCUGAACUCGUUCAGCACUGACAACCUCCUCCAACUCCCGGAAGACGACCGAGAAACGAACAACCUUAAAAUUGCCUUUGCUCGGAUCCAUCGAGGGUUGCAUGCAGCAAAACAGGCAAUGUUGGCUUUUUGUUUCAAAGCUCUUGGGUACAAGCGGAAGGCCGCUCAGAAGAAAAUAAAAUGUGAAUCUGAGAAGAACGGGCUGGAGCUUAGAAAAGAUCUCCCGAACUUCAAGGAGAGUCAUGGUAACAGAGAGAUCGAGAAGAAUGGGGAGAGGUGCUCAGUUAUUAUCCCGGAUGAUUUCAUCAGCAACCCCAAUGUGUUCGUCUGUGUUCCUAUUGCUGCCCCUGAGUCCGAUAGCGAGGGUUCUGAAGAUGCUGGUGAGAAGCAGGGGGCAACCAUGGAGACGGAAUAUACUGAGAAGGUAAGGAAAUUUGCUCAGCGUUAUCCUUGGUGUAUGGUGAACACUGAAAAGUUUCCAGGCAGAUUAUGGUGGAACCUAAGAAAAACAUGUUACCGAAUUGUAGAGCACAACUGGUUUGAAAGCUUCAUUGUGUUCAUGAUUCUGCUGAGCAGUGGAGCUCUGGCAUUUGAAGAUAUACACUUGAGUGAGAGACCAAAUGUUAAAACCAUGCUGGAUUAUGCCGACAAAUUGUUCACUUACAUCUUUAUCCUGGAGAUGCUGUUGAAGUGGGUGGCUUAUGGAUUCCACAAAUAUUUCACAAAUGUUUGGUGCUGGCUUGAUUUCAUAAUUGUAGAUGUCUCCUUAGUAACCCUCGUAGCAACUUUGGCUGGACAAUCUGAUAUGGGUCCCAUAAAGUCUCUCCGAACCCUAAGAGCUUUGAGGCCAUUAAGAGCCCUGUCACGAUUUGAAGGGAUGAGGGUGGUGGUCAAUGCCUUGGUGGGCGCCAUCCCAUCUAUUAUGAAUGUUCUUCUGGUCUGCCUCAUUUUCUGGCUCAUCUUCAGCAUUGUGGGAGUCAACUUGUUUGCAGGAAAGUUUGGAAAAUGCGUUAACAUGACUGAGGAAAAUGCCAGCAUAAAUGAGACCAUAAUUACUAACCUCAGUGACUGUAAGGAGCACAACAGGACCGAUGGGAUAUUAUAUUGGACUACAGUUAAAGUGAAUUUUGAUAAUGUUGGCUCUGGCUACCUGGCUCUUCUCCAAGUGGCAACUUUCAAAGGUUGGAUGGAUAUAAUGUACGCAGCUGCAGAUUCAACUGAUGUAAGUCACAAAUAUAAUGCAUGUUUGUAUGUUAUUUUAAUGAAUAUAAGCAUUUUUAUAUUAUCAGUGGAAUACCAGCCCAAAUGGGAAGCUAACAAAUAUAUGUACAUCUAUUUUGUGAUUUUUAUCAUCUGUGGCUCCUUUUUCACUCUGAACCUUUUCGUUGGCGUCAUUAUUGAUAAUUUUAAUCAACAAAAGAAAAAGUUUGGUGGAGAAGACAUCUUCAUGACGGAGGAACAAAAAAAAUACUAUAACGCCAUGAAAAAACUGGGGUCCAAGAAACCUCAAAAACCCAUCCCACGGCCACUGAACAAAUACCAAGGAUUCCUCUUCGACAUCGUAACUCGCCAAGCUUUUGAUGUUGCCAUCAUGGCCCUCAUAUGCCUUAAUAUGGUCACGAUGAUGGUGGAGUCAGAUGACCAGUCCGAAGGGAAGACAUUUGUUCUUAACAAAAUAAACAUCCUCUUUAUCGUGAUCUUCACAAUAGAGUGUGUUAUGAAGCUGGUGGCUCUGAGAUACUACUACUUCACCAACGGAUGGAACAUUUUUGACCUGGUGGUCGUGAUCAUGUCAAUUGUUGGCAGCCUGCUUUCCGGCAUUGUGGUUUCAUUUUCACCUACGCUUUUCCGGGUGAUACGUCUGGUGCGAAUAGGGCGAAUACUCCGCCUGAUCCGAUCUGCCAGAGGCAUCAGGACCCUUCUCUUUGCCUUGAUGAUGUCCCUCCCUGCGUUGUUCAACAUUGGCCUCCUGCUUUUCCUAGUCAUGUUCAUUUACGCCAUUUUUGGCAUGGCCAACUUUGCCUACGUCAGAAGGGAGUCUGGGAUUGAUGACAUGUUCAACUUUGAGACCUUUGCCAACAGUAUGCUCUGUCUCUUCCAAAUCACCACGUCUGCCGGCUGGGAUGGACUCCUCAACCCCAUAUUGAACACUGGGCCUCCAUUCUGUGACCCAAACCUCGGCAUGACGUCAACUUUCUCCAAGGGUGACUGUGGGAGCCCAGCUGUAGGCAUCAUUUUCUUUGUUACUUACAUAAUUAUAUCCUUUCUAAUAGUUGUAAAUAUGUACAUUGCAGUUAUUCUGGAGAACUUCAAUGUUGCCACAGAAGAGAGCACUGAACCUUUAGGUGACGAUGACUUUGAAAUGUUUUAUGAAGUGUGGGAGAAGUUUGACCCUAAAGCCACCCAGUUUAUUACAUUCUCCGAACUUUCUAACUUUGCUCAUGCUCUGGCAGAGCCCUUGCGCAUACAGAAGCCAAACAUGCUUGAGCUGAUGGCCAUGGAUCUUCCCAUGGUAUCUGGGGAUAGGAUCCACUGCUUGGACAUCCUCUUUGCUUUCACCAAAAGGGUUCUUGGAGACUCUGAGGGGAUGGACACCCUUAAGCAACAAAUGGAGGAGAAAUUCAUGGCAGCAAACCCGUCCAAGGUUUCUUACGAACCAAUCACCACCACGCUCAGGUGGAAAUACGAGGAGGCGUCUGCCGCUGUUAUACAGAAGGCCUUCCGGCAUCAUUUACUCCAGCGUUCCAUGAAGCAGGCCUCUUUCUUACACCGACACAAAACCAGCGAUGGAGAUAUCCUUGACGAAGAUGCUCCGGAACAAGAAGGUCUCAUUGCACAGCUAAUGAAUGAAAACUAUAUUACAGACACAGACAAGUCCCACACAACAUCCUUGGAAUCUAUUCCUCCAUCCUACCGCAGUGUUACUGGAGAACUUGAUGACGCCUUUGAGGGGGAAGCGGCAGUGUCUCCUAAAAGUGACAAAGCUAGAGAUGGCCAGCUGUUUACGGACAAAGGCAAGAGGUCUAAUGUGUAGAUGCUCGCCAAGCACACAGUGUCACUCAGACACCAAGCAAUGGUUCUCUUAUUGAGGAAUCCAAGGAGACUCCACCCCUCACAUUAUGAACACUUGCCAUUUUUUUUUUACCAUACCACCUUUAGCACUGCUCAUUUUUUUCUAGCUGCAUGAAUAGGGAAGGAUCUAUGAAAGGUUAUCGUAAUCUUUAUGUUAGAAUCAUCUCUCAGACAUGGACAUCAUUGCUGUGAUGACUGUGAUUCUUUCCUUGCUGCACUGAAGUGAGCUUAAGCCCACGGAAAAUAUAACUUGCUGGCCCCUAUGGGACCAGAGUCUGGCUCUUUCUGGUCUGGAAAUUGAGGGCUCCUUUGAUGCACCAGCCAAGAAGUUUGGCAAGCGUUUACCUUUCCCCCAUGUUGGUGGUUCACGCAGGUUCUUAUUGGUUCUUAUUUCAGAUUUCUAAUUUGGUGGGGAGUCUUCUAUACAUCUCCUGGAACCUGGGGAUGCAAACGAGGGCAGGGAGUGCUCAUUGCCAGCAGGAAGCAUGAGAAAUGGGCUUACCAGUGCAUUCUGGGUCAGUGGAUUGAGCCAGGGAAAAUGAAGAACUGCAUUCUUCCUGUCUGCAUUGGAAGAGCAUCCAGACUUUAAGGCUGAGCCCUCCUGCUGCCAGAAGACUUCCUUCCUGUCCAAUUAAGUCUGGAAAGUGGGUUUCUUUGUGGGGUGGAAUUGGGGCCUGGAAGGCCUUUGGGCCCCACCCUGCUGCUGCUGAUUGGGCUGCAGCUGUGUUCAGUGGGUCUGAGUUUAAAUUGUUUCAUUCUAGCCCAGUCUCAAUGGAUCCCAGUUAUCCUAAUUUGAGGUAGGCCUGUUCUCAAUUGAGGCAGAAGGGUUGCUCAUCUAGGGUUGCAGUACGUCCCAAAUUUCCUGGACAUAGCUGGAAUAUGGCAGCUGGAAACAGUGUCCAGGUGGAAGUGACUAAAAUGUCUGGGGAA